AAAAAACACCGGUCAUGGCAACAAUUUCUUCCAUCUCAAGAACAAAAAGCCCAAUUCAAGGAUUCCCUGUGUACGUUCCCAAGUCAAGGUCCAGUAAUGGCCGUGUUUCCUUCUUUCAGAGACCUCGAAUUCAAGCAGCUAAGUUCUCAGCUGCUGUUCCGGAAGAACAGAAGAACCGAAGCAAAAAAUCGAUGAGUGUUGAUUCUCUACAACGUUUUUUCGAUCUCAACAUGGGCCACUGGAACGGAUCCUUAUAUCAAUUUGAUUACAAAGGAAAUUUGUUGCAAAAAAUCACUACAAAACUUGCAGUGAGCUCAUAUGGUGAAGAUGAGCUGAUCAGCCUAAUUCAAACGCUGUACAUAAAACAACCUCCAAACACUUCAAUUUCAGGAGUUGAUCCUGAGCCAGAAUGGGCAGAGUACAAAAUCAAAGAAACCAACAUGUUCACUGUCGACAAGUAUCAGCAGAUUGAGUUUUUUUCCAAAGAGAGGGCAUUUUCUCUAAGGUACCAGACAGUUGGAAUGCUAGAGUAUGUAUUGAGACAAGGUGUUCUUGGUGAAGAUGAUACUGGUGAAGAAUCACAUAAAAACCUAAAGCUUCCCUCUUCUCAACCUUCUAUUGUAUGCGAGAAUUGUCUGUACUCACAGGACAAAGAUAUGCGAGCAAGAGCCUUCCACAUCAUGGACCCAAAAGGUUUUCUUGAAAUGGUUCUUGUCUUUCUUGAAGAAAGAGGUCAAGAAAGAGGUCAUGGGGUGACUCUUUUUCCUUCAUUAGAAAAUUCUAAGGAUAGCACAAACAAGUUAAUGCCAUUUCUUGGCAGGUGGAAAGGCCAUUCUAUAACUAAGCGUAGUGGGGUUUAUGGGGCCACAAUUGCAGAAGCAUAUACAGCUGUUUUACUUGAAAUUGAUGAGAAAGGUCAGCUGAUACAGGACAUUACUUUGACUACUAGUGAUGGGGGUAUUACUACUAAUGUCCAUUGGAUGGGCUGCAUGGCUGAAAAUUUGGUAACAUUUGAUGGAGGCUUUCAGAUUACCUUUUUGCCUGGAGGGAUGUACAUGGGAUGUCCUUGUGAUGUUGCAAAGAGUGUAGCAGAAUCAAAAUCUUUUCAUCUGGAGUUCUGUUGGCUGGAGUCGCCUGGCAAGAGACAGAGACUUGUUCGAACUUAUGAUGUCGAGGGAUUGGCAGUGUCAUCAACGUAUUUUUAUGAGACCAAAAUGUAAGGAUACGCUUUGGUUCCUCGUGUAUAUCACCUGGAA